AUGGCCGAGCAUUAUUCGCAGCUUUGCGCUCUCCUGGUUGAUGAGUCGUAUGGUCAACUCUCGGCUCACGUCUUUCGCACCCUUGCCCUUUGGGGUCGUGUCAACCUCCAAACCCUCAUCUCAAACGCACAGCUCUCUCCUCGUCAUGUCAAGUACGCCUUGACCGUCCUCAUUCAGCAGCAUCUGGUCCUCCACUCUUCCGCCGCCGGUAGUGAUCCGCAGACCUUCUACGAAGUCGACUGGAAUGGCGCAUACAACUUGAUGCGAUCUGGAAAGAUUAUCAACAUUGUUCAAUUACGUUUCGGAGAAGCUGCCGCUCAGCUCGUCUCGAAUCUGUUGCAAUUGGGUCACGCGCGUGUAGGAGACUUGGAGGAUGCCUACAAGUUCUCAAAGAACCCUGGACACGCAAUCGACACCGAAGCCGAGCACAUCAAUGGCGAGGGCAUGCCUACACAAAGGGGCCUCAAGAAGAUCACCACUCCCGAGCAACUCCAUUCGAUGCUGUGCAAGCUGUUGGAGUCCGGCUUCCUUACAAGAGUCCGGCCGAGCACGUUCCUUUCCACCGCCGAUUCACACAACGAAGCCGAUGUUGUCGUCAAACGAGAACAGUUCCCCGAUGGCAAGGUCACUGGUCCAAAGGCGAAGGUUGUGUACGAGCAGGCUCUGAGAGACUUGAAGAGGAAAUGGAGGGACGCUACCGACGACGCUGUCACUGGUGUGAGGAAGGUGCCCAAGAGAUCCAAUGGCUACGGUCCAUCUGCAAAGAGAAUAAAGACCAAUGGUGGCACGGCAAAUGGUGUCGGCACAUACGGCGCUGAAGAUGAGGAUGACGUCGUGAUGGACAAGGACAUGGUGCUGAAGGUCAACUGGGAGAAAUGCAAUGUCGCGUUGCGCAGUCAAGCUCUUCAAAAUCUGGCCGCAAAGUCCAUUGGAGACGUCACAGCAACAGUGUACGGCGCGUUGUUGGAACUACUGGAGAGGAAAUGUCCAAGAUGCUACGACGAGCUUACCAUCUACACAGAUGAGGCCGACGAAGAAGCUGCACAACCCACAUCUACCACCCUCGACAUUACAGAUAUUCUUGAUCCUACGAUCGACUUAGCAUCUACACUUUCCAACGGAGACGACGAUGAUUUCGACCUGGACGAUGGCGAUGUGCCGAAACGAGAAAACGGCAAUGAUAGAUUCAAGGGCGGCGCCUCUGUUUUCGCAGACCGCAACCAACGUCUGACACUGGUCGAACAACACAUGGCACUCUUGGCAGAACAUCCACGUGGCUUUGCUCAAAAGGUCAGCACUCGCGGUAAAGGAGAGUGGAGGGUUAAUUUCCCAGCACUCAUCCGCUGGAUGCAACGCAACGAAGUGGAACAAGUCAUCAACGCUGGCCAUGGCAGUAUUGCCACACGUAUCGUUCGCAUGCUGCACUCAAAAGGAAAGCUCGAUGAAAAGCAGGUCGCCAACUUCUCGCUUAUGAGGCAGAAGGAUAUUCGCAGUAUCAUGACCGACAUGCACGAGCAUGGAUUUGUGGAGGCCCAAGAAGUGCCCAAGGACAACUCACGCCAACCAAGCAGGACUUUGUUCUUGUGGUACUUUGAUCCGGAUCGCUGUCGUCAAUUGCUUCUUCAACGUACAUACAAAGCACAAGCUCGCUUGAUCCAACGCAUGCAGCAUGAAAAGGACGUUGUCAGCGAAGUCAUCCAGAAGGCAGAACGUCUUGAUGUCGUCGGUCAUGAAGAUGAAUAUUUGACUGCAGGCGACAAGUCAGUCCUUCGUACAUGGCGUGAAUUUGAAGAGAAGCUUUUGACCCAGCUCGCUCGUCAAGAUGAUCUUGUCGCUUUACUGCGUGACUUCUUACCCGACGUCCGCGAUGCAGCAGCUGCUUGA